GCUUGUAAAGUCUUAAACUGUGAAGUUGUAUACAGCUGAGUCACGCCUCAAUGAAUAUAGAAAAUUUGCCAGUAUACAACCAUAUUUCAAAAUUUCUUUACUUGAAAUAUUCUUGAAAUUUGGAAAGUCAAAAUACAAGUUAAGAAUGGCUGUUUCAGGAAGAAGGGCACCAGACAGGUUUUCUUCUACAAUGUCUACAGGUUCUGGAGAAGACUUUGAACUUUUCUGUCAACCAUGUGACCUAGCAGACCUUAGGCUUCCUGCCUGUGGGUUCUGCAUUGACUGUGAGGAGCACAUGUGUGAAUCUUGCUUUAAUCACCAUCAAAGAUCUAAACCCUCUAGACAUCAUAAAUUGUUGGAUAAAGUCAACAUGCCACAAACACAGCAAGUUCCGUCAAAAUCUGCUCAACCUCGGCAAGAUGACCAUUUAACAACACCAUGUCCGCAACACAAGAAAGAAACGAUCAAAUUCUACUGCCAUGAUCAUGAGGAAUUACUAUGCAGCGUGUGUGUGACCCUAGAACACAGUGGUGCCUGCAGAGUCAGCUAUAUUCCAGAUAUAUCUGAGGGCAGCUUAGACAGUAAACAAUACAAUGACACUCUUAAAGACAUCGAUAUAAUAACUGAAAAAUGUCAUAAAAUCGAAGCAGAUCUUAAGAGAAUGACAAUAAAGUCCAGUAAUUCACUGACUGAUGUUCUGGCAGAAAUUAAGAAACUUAGACAAAAGACAAACCGAAAGUUGGAUGAAAUGGAGAAAGCAGCUGAAGAUGCUGCAAAAGCCAUUCAACUCGACAAUCAUGCAAGUAUGAAGACUGCAGAAACUACAUGUGGUGAUGCUAUCAAAUCAGUAAAGGCUUUGUCUGACUCCAUAAAACAACUGAACACAUCAAAACAAGCAGACAAGCUCUUUUUAGAACUACAACACGCUAAACAGUUAGUCACAAGUAACAACGAUAUGUUGUCAGGUCUAAAGUCACCAGAAGAUGUGAAAGAAUAUUACUUGGUACCCAGUAACACAAUAUCGAUUCUUCUUGAAAAUGAAAAAUCACUUGGCACUUUAGCAACUAAGACAUUUAAACAUUCAAAUACUCCUCAAGUAGCUGCUGUAAAUCCAGGAAAGCCUUCCGUAGCAAGACCUCUCGCAGCUGGUGAAAGAGCAAGAGAGAUACCACCUAUAAAAAGACCUCUCACACGACUUGUGGAAAAUUCUGGACAGCUUCCAAACAGAAGUUCCCCACCAUCAGCUGAACAGUCCAGAGAGAUCACAAAUAAAAUUCAGCCUUCAUCUACUGCAGUAAAAUCCAUACAGCUUUCACAAGAGGCAGAAUUUUGUGUAAAAUCAACACAAGAUAAAGAACAAUGCUGGAUUACUGGAAUGGCCUUCCUCACCCCUUCCAAACUUAUUCUCACUGACAGCAAGAACUUUUCAAUAAAACUGGUUGAUUUGACAUGCAUGUCAGUUAUUCAUCAAUUAAAUCUGACCUCAUAUUACCCAUGGGAUAUCACUGCAGUAAGUCCAUAUAGCACUGCUAUCACAAUGCCUGGAAGACAAAUUAUUCAGUUUGUAUCUGCCAAGUCAAACAACCUCUCUUUUAUAAAUUCCUUUGGGACCAAAGGUGAGUGUCGGGGGAUAUGUUAUUACGAAAAGAAACUUUUAGUAUCAAUGUGGACUCCACCAAACUUGCAGAUCAUGAACUUAACAGGUGGUGUACUUAAAACUGUGACAACCCUUCAAAAUGGUGGGAAUAUUUUCGCAAGACCAACAUCUAUAACAGCCAGCAGGGAUUAUAUUUAUGUAUCUGAUAAUUUUAAGCAAACAAUUAUCCAGCUUAAUUGGCAGGGCAAGCAGCUAAAUUGUUUCAAUGGAACAGGCUCCCCACAAGGUAUUGCCAUGCUAGAUGAUGGGUCUAUUCUUGUUAGCGAUCCACAGAAAAAUAGAUGUACCAUAGAUAAUAUAUCAGGUGACUUAUCACAAACAAAUAUUGUUUUACGGGGUUUUAAGAAACCCCAUGCUCUUUGCUGGUGCAGCACAAACAGGAAAUUGUAUGUCAGUUACUUCACUGGUGGUGAACAAUCCAUUGAUAACUGUAUACAAGUCUUCAAGAUGAUAUAAUAAUCAAAAAUGUGCUUUCUAUAUAAUGCAAACAUCAGGUUCAUAGGAGAUAAAAUUUUGGAGACCAGUUUCAGAAGUAAAACUCAUCAGUGUCAAGUUUGUGCUCAGAUAACAAGGUUCAAAAGACAUAAGAUGUGUACUAAAAAAGAAUUAGAUGACGGUUAUCUAUUUUUAUCUCACCUUAAAGACUUUAGACUAGGUUCUCACACAAUGCUGAACAUUCAAACCAAGGCAGUAACAGUUUUAAUGUAUAUAGCUUUGUUGAAGAAUGUAACUUUGUGGACUUAAAUCAGUUGUACACAAUCAUCAAACCUUUAAAUAUGUGUGUUAACAUCUUAAAGCAAAUACCUUAUUCUACUGAGCGACCAAACCACUAACAUUUUAUAUUUUACACUAAUAUAUAGGUAAUAAUGCAAUUAGGAUGUCUAUGCCAAAAUACUAACUGCAAAACUAUUUGACUACAUGUAAAAAAUGCAAUAUUCAAUAUGUUGGACAGAUGGUGCAACCUGUGUAAAAAUGUAUGAAUAGUCAUAGAUUUGACAUUUCUAACUUCAUUGAAGAUAAUAAUUUUUCAACAAAUGUAGCUAUACAUUUCAACUCUGAUGGUCAUUCUUUAAAUGACUUCACAUUUAUGCCAAUUGAUAUUGUUAAAAACAAUAUGGACGACCGUUUGUGUAAAGAGACAUUUUUGAUCCACAAGUUGAAAACUAUCCAUACAGUUUAAAUACAAAGUUUUUUUCAAUUUAAACUAACAUCAUUUGUUACUAGAUACUAUACACACUUUCGUUGUUCCCUAUUAUUCUUUUUUUAUAUAUUCACUACUGGUCCAGUGCCUAAAUCCGGACAGUGCUUAAUAAUUCGGACACCAUUAAAAAACGCUUUACGAUCGUGAUUUUUUACUGGAAUGAACAUGAUCGACGCAGACGAACGCUUUGAUGACCAGUUGUCAACAACAGUGUGUAAAUGUAAGUAUUUCCAGAGAAAAUUACCUUCAAAUAUCCGCACCGCUAAAAGAAAACAUUGUGUGUUGCGGGGGAUGACGUCAUACAGCGCACGCCAGUUAUUUGGGGUGCGACGAGGUACUAAUUUAAUGAGAAAACAAUUAUUCCUGUUGCAGAUGACUCUUUUUCUUAGUUGAUCAAAACUGAUGUAAAACAUGUUUUACAUUUCUGUACUACCCUCAGUAUUUAUAUAAGAAAUUUAACCGAUUUCUGUUAUAUAAUAAUUAAUUCAAUAGAGAAGAAAAUGCCAGCAUUUUGCAGACAAGGAAAGCAAUUCAAAAGAUAAAAUCGGCGCGGCGUCAUUAUAGUGCAUAGUUGCGUCAAAGAGUAUAACGACAUUAACAGAAUCUGCAUGUGUGUAAACAUUAAUUUCCGCUAAGAUAGAUUUUAUUGCGUAUUAUAUUAUUGUUAUAUUUGGCAGUAAUACAUUAAAUUAGAAACUAGUCCACAUGAUCACGUGAUUAACAGGUAAUAUAACUUCAAUCGAACGGAGAUGUCUGUAUACAAAAUUUACAGGACUGAAUCUGACUGCUUUGUUUCAAACAAAGUCGUGUUCAUUUUUAUUUUUUUGGAGCACUGAUUCGUUGCAUUUCAUACUGAAAUAGUGUCCGAAUAUUUAAGCACUCUGAAGGUCGAUUUUGACAGCUUUUACUGGCCCAUUUCGGAUGACUUUUUUAUGAUGAAAUCAGCAAUAUACGAUUUUGUUGUUUUGCAUAGAGAUUUAUAAAGAACCUAAAAUUAUACAUUUGAAAUGUGAUGCACGUGCGGUUUUGGAAUGCAAAGUUAUGGUCAUAAAACCACCAAAAGUGUCCGGAUUUAGGCACUGGACCAGUAUAGGGAAUUAUUGUACUGUUACAUCCGAAAGCGUGUUCUGUAACCUUUACAAAAGUAACGUCAUGUUUUUCCGCCAACGUUUGUGAGGUCUGUUUUACACGUCACAUGUUUGUUUAUCCCGAUGAAGGUACGAACUACCGAAACGCGCUGAUAAACUAUAAUAUUUGUUUUACGUGUUGUUGUUGUUCUUUCCAAGAUUAGUACUUUUUUCAAAUAUGUUCAGAAGAUCAUAAAUACAUGUUGCUAAUACACA